AUGAAGGACCCAAGCUCAUAUCAGGAGCACCCAGAGGAGUCAAGAUUUUCUGCACAUAACAGUAAAGAUUUCAGCAACCUGACCAUUUGGAAUGUCGUCCAAGAGGAUGAGGGGAUGUAUCACUGUGGAAUAGACACCUGGAUUAAACUUGAAUGGAGUGGGACAUAUUUGUUAGUAAAAGGAAACACUGAAAGGACAUCAAACUAUAUUGUUGUACGGCAGCCGACAGAAUCAAAUCCACUCCGUCCAGGAGACACAGCAACUCUUCAGUGUUCAGUUCUGACAAAUUCUGAGAAAAACACAUGUUCAGGACAUCAUAAUGUUUUCUGGUUCAGAGAUGGAUCUAAUAAAUCUCUUCCAAACAUCAUCUACACUCAUGGAAACAGAACUGAUCAAUGUGAGCAAAGAUCUGACCCUCAGGAUGGAUGUGUUUAUCGCUUCUCUAAGACCGUCAGCUCCUCUGAUGCUGGGACUUACUACUGUGCUGUGGCCACAUGUGGGGAGAUAUUAUUUGGAAAUGGAACUAAACUGGAUGUUCAAGAGAAAACAACACGACUGGUAUUUAUUGGAAUGGUAAUAUUAAUAACCUGUUUGGCCGUUUCUGUCAUUGGAAAUCUUUUCUUCAUCUGCAACCGAAGAGUAUGCAAAAAAUGUAAAGCAAAGUUGACCCAGACAGUGAAGCUAUUUACUGUCUACGAGCCAGACACGGAAAGCACAGUAUUAGUCAGAGGUCCUGUUACCACGGACAGCGCCGCGGAUGUGGCCCAGAGAGAAGGCUUGAAGAAGGUCCUUGUAAACACACAAACAGAGCUUGGUGUUCCUUCCUGGAAGUCAAAGGAAUUCCUGGUGGGUGUUGGAUUCCCCCCUUUGUUAAUGAUCCGGUUUGCAAUUUUGACAGAAUUUGUAGACAAGGUCAAAGAUGGAUUGAGGCCAAUGCAGACAUUUUUCCUGUCUGCUGAGUUUGAGAGAGAGCUGAAUGUAAAAUAG